AUGUUAUAUGAAUUAAUGGGUAUUGUUCGUGUUACAAAUACAUUACAAGGACCUGUAGAAGCUAAGGAAUUAUUAACUUCUAUUGGUAAAACUAUUCUUUCUAACAGAGGUUUAAUCAGAUCAAUUAUUCCUAUUGGUAUAGAGCAAUUUUCUUCUGUCUUAAAGAAAAACCAAACUAAAUACUAUCGUGGUUACAGAUUCGUUAUGUUAUUUGAUUCAUCUGUUGGUGUACAAUCUGAAAUAAAUAGAAUACUUAAAAAGGAUCCACGUCUAAUUCGUUCAUCUAUAGUGAAAAUUAAUACAAAGAGAAACCUUGAUAUAGCUUCCUCAUUAGAUAGAAUCCAAAGUUAUAAUUCCAUAUUACAAAAAGUUGGUUCUAAUAAUAUAUAA